AUGUUUCGAUUGGCUGCCACCAAAACCCCUCUGGCCAACAUUGCUGCCCGCAAUGCUGCCGUGAAAUCCGUUCGUCCUUCCUUGGCCAACUCUUUCUACCGCUUCUACAGCACCCCUGCUGAUGCUGAAUACGAUGUGGUCGUUAUCGGUGGUGGUCCUGGUGGUUACCCAGCUGCUAUCAAGGCUGCUCAACAGGGUCUCAAGGUUGCCUGUAUUGAAAAGCGUGGUACUCUUGGUGGUACCUGUUUGAACGUUGGCUGUAUUCCUUCCAAGGCCAUGUUGAACAACUCCCACAUCUACCACCAAACCAAGCACGAGCUCAAGAGCCGUGGUAUUGAUGUUGGUGAUGUGCAGUUGAACUUGCCCAACAUGCACAAGGCUAGAAUGAAGGCCGUUACUGGUUUGACCAAGGGUGUAGAAUUCUUGUUCAAGAAGUACAAGGUCGAUUACCUCAAGGGUACUGGUAGCUUCAAGAGCGCCACCGAGAUCAACGUUGAUGGUUUGGAUGGUAAGCAAUCCACCCUCACCGCCAAGAACGUUAUCAUUGCUACCGGUUCCGAGGUCACUCCUCUUCCCGGUAUUGAAAUCGAUGAAAAGAGAAUCGUGUCUUCCACUGGUGCUCUUGAAUUGAGCGAAGUUCCCAAGAAGAUGGUCGUCAUUGGUGCCGGUGUUAUCGGUCUUGAAUUAGGUUCCGUUUGGUCCCGUCUCGGUGCCGAAGUCACCGUCGUCGAAUACUUGAACGCCAUCGGUGCCGGUAUGGACGCUGAACUCGCCAAGAACUUCCACCGCAUCUUGUCCAAGCAAGGUCUCAAGUUCAAGAUGAGCACCAAGGUCAACGGUGCCAAGGUUGAUGGUGACAAGGUUCUCAUUGACGUUGAAGCCUCCAAGGGUGGCAAGGCCGAAACUCUUGAAGCUGAUGUUGUUUUGGUCGCCAUUGGUCGUCGUCCUUACACCGCCGGUCUCGGUUUGGAGAAUGCUGGUGUUGAGAUUGACAACCGCGGUCGCGUUGUUAUUGACUCUGAAUUCAAGACCAACGUUCCCAGCAUCCGUUGUAUCGGUGAUGUGACCUUUGGUCCCAUGUUGGCUCACAAGGCCGAAGAUGAAGGUUUCGCCGUGUCUGAAAUGAUCGCCACCGGUCACGGUCACGUCAACUACGAUGUCAUUCCUUCCGUCAUCUAUACCCACCCCGAAGUCGCCUGGGUUGGUAAGAACGAAGAACAACUCAAGGAAGAAGGUAUCAAGUACAAGAUCGGUAGCUAUCCCUUCGUUGCCAACUCUCGUGCACGAACAAACGAUGACUCUGAUGGUCUCGUCAAGGUCAUCACUGACGCCGAAUCCGACAAGAUCUUGGGUGUCCACAUCAUUGGUCCCAACGCUGGUGAAAUGGUUGCUGAAGCCGGUCUCGCCAUGGAAUAUGGUGCCUCUGCUGAAGAUGUUGGCCGUACCUGCCACGCUCACCCUACCCUUUCCGAGGCUUUCCGUGAGGCUUGUCUCAUCGCCUCUUUCGGCAAUGCCAUCAACUUCUAA